GGCACUCUUUUAGCGUUCCCUUUCCGCUCAGGUCUCCGCAGUGGUUGGAGCGUGGAUUUCAUCAUCUGGGCUCACAAAAUCACCAAACAUGAGUGUCCCAGCGUUUAUCGAUAUCACGGAAGAAGAUCAGGCCUCCGAGCUGAGAGCCUACAUGAAGUCUAAAGGAGCUGAAAUAUCAGAAGAGAACUCUGAAGGUGGACUAAAUGUAGAUCUGGCUCAGAUCAUCGAGGCGUGUGAUGUGUGCCUCAAGGACGAUGAUAAAGACGUGGAGAGCGUAAUGAACAGCAUUGUGUCUCUGCUGUUGAUCCUGGAGACAGAGAAGCAGGAGGCCCUCAUUGAAAGUUUAUGUGAAAAGCUGGUGAAGUUCCGUGAAGGAGAGAGACCUUCCCUCAGGAUGCAGCUACUGAGUAACCUGUUCCAUGGCAUGGACGAGAAUGCGCCAGUGAGGUACACUGUCUUCUGUGGCCUCAUCAAGGUGGCAGCAACUUGUAAUGCAAUCGCUUUCAUCCCCACCGACCUCGAUCAGGUGCGCAAAUGGAUUAUCGACUGGAACCUGACCACAGAGAAGAAGCACAUACUUUUGAGGCUGGUGUAUGAAGCAUUGGUUGACUGCAAAAAAAGUGAGGCUGCAGCUAAAGUGAUGGUAGAGCUGCUGGGAAGUUACACAGAAGACAAUGCUUCACAAGCACGCGUCGAUGCCCACAGAUGUAUAGUUCGUGCUCUCAAAGACCCCAACACCUUCCUGAUCGACCACCUGCUCACCCUGAAACCUGUCCGCUUCCUUGAGGGAGAACUCAUCCAUGAUCUAUUAACCAUCUUCGUGAGUGCCAAGCUAGCUGCUUACGUUAAGUUUUACCAGAGUAACAAAGACUUCAUCGACUCUCUUGGCCUGUCCCACGAGCAGAACAUGGCCAAGAUGCGUCUGCUGACAUUCAUGGGCAUGGCGGUGGAAUUCAAGGAGAUUUCUUUCGACACCAUGCAGCAGGAGCUGCAGAUCGGAGCGGAGGACGUCGAGGCCUUUGUGAUUGACGCUGUUCGCACCAAGAUGGUGUACUGCAAAAUUGAUCAGACACAGCAAAGAGUUGUUGUAAGCCACAGCACACACCGCACCUUUGGCAAGCAGCAGUGGCAGCAGCUGCAUGACAGUCUCACUGCAUGGAAGGCCAACCUCGCAAACGUCAAGACCAGCCUACAGGCCCUGUCCCCCUCUGCUUAAUCCCACCUUAAUAACCCAACUUUCUAGACUGCAAGAUCCUUCAAUUCUUUUUCGGAUCUCAAAAUACCACGGCUGAAAUGAUCCGUUUUUAUAUUUCUCCAAUAAAAGAUCACUGGAGAUCA